CAUACGACCGACCGUAUGUGUAUCGUAAAAGCGUACGCUUCCACAUACACCUGCAUUUAAUGGCAGAGGAGCGUACAUAAGAAAGAGAGAGAAGGGGAGCUCUUCUUUCGGACAGUGAGAUCCUAGCCCUUCUUCUCUCUGUUCGAAAGGAAGAAGAGAAGAGGGCAGAGCUCUCCCUCUUUUCUCUUGUCUAGGAUAGAAUAGAGAGCUCUUCUUCCAAUCGAGCUCGGGCUAUGGCGCCAGGGGCUCGCGAAAAGAGGAGGCCGCCGGCUCUUCUCCUCGCCACACUGCUGCUACUCACGUCCUUCUCUACGAUCUCUUCGACGUUUCCUCCCAGCGCUCCCUCCGCGAAUCCCUGCUGCACCUACAGCAACAUCGGCAUCAACUACGGCCAGCUCGGGAACAACCUCCCGACGCCGCAGAGGGUCCGCGAGCUCGUCCAGUCCACCACCAUCACCAAGGUGAAGAUCUACGACACCAAUGCCGCCAUCAUCGAGGCCUUCGCCAACACCGGCAUCGAGUUCACGGUGAUGGUGAAGAACGAGCAGAUUCACUCGCUACUCGACGCCCACGCCGCCCAGAAAUGGGUCAACGAGAACGUCGCGUGCUACCUCCCGGCCACGCAGAUCCGGACCAUCCUGGUCGGCAACGAGAUUCUGGCCGGGAACGACGACCAGAUCAACGGCUGGAUCGUGCCCGUGAUGCAGAACAUCCACUCGGCGCUGGUCACGCUCCGGAUCGACAACCAGGUAAAGGUCUCCACCCCGCAUUCGCUGUCCGUACUCUCCUCCAGCUACCCGCCCUCCUCGGGCGCAUUCCGUACGGACCUGGUCUCUCACGUCAUCAAGCCCAUGCUCCAGUUCCUCAGUCAAACCGGGUCGCCGUUCAUGGUCAACACAUACCCCUACUUCGCGUACAAGAGCUCGCCGCUAAACAUCACGCUCGCCUACGCCCUCUUCCUCCCAAACGCCGGCGUGGUGGAUCCAAAGACCAAGCUGCGCUACUACAACCUCAUGGACGCCCAGGUGGACGCGGUGUACUCGGCCAUGGCGAAAUUAGGGUUCCAGGACAUCGGGAUCGUGGUGUCGGAGACCGGGUGGCCGUCGGCGGGCGACCCGACCGAGUUUGGCGUGAGCGUCAACAAUGCCAUGGUCUACAACCGCAACCUCAUCGCCCACGUCACGUCCAUGGGCACGCCCAUGCGACACGGCAAGCUCAUGGACACGUACAUCUUUGCGCUCUUCAACGAGAACCAGAAGCCCGGCCCGACCACCGAGCGCAACUUCGGCCUCUUCAAGCCCGACAUGUCGGUGGUGUAUGAUAUCGGGCUGUUCAAGGGGGGACAGCGCUACGCCAACGUGUUCCCGCCGCCGCCACCUCAGCCGCCAGCUCAUCCCUACCCCUCGCCAGACGAGCCCCCGCCGGCGCCCUACUACCACAGCCCGCCACUGUACCAGGUACCGCCCGCAACGCCGGCUUACCAGCCUCCCCCAACGCCGGUCUACCAGCCUCCCCCAACGCCGGCCUACCAGCCGCCACCGAGCUACCAGCCUCCUAGCGGCGGUGGCGGCGGUGGUGGUGGCGGUGGUGGUACCGGGCCGCGAAUCUGGUGUAUAUCCAAGCCCGGGUCGCCCGUGGGAUCGCUGGAGGCGGCGCUGAAUUUCGCGUGCGGCGAGGGCGGCGCGGAUUGCGGCUCGAUUCAAGGGAGCGGCGCUUGCUUCCAGCCGGACACGCUCGAGUCGCACUCGUCGUUUGCGUUCAACAGCUACUUCCACAAGCACGGGCGGAACUUCUGGAACUGCUACUUUAACAACAAUGCGCUCCUCACGGUGUCGGAUCCAAGUUAUGGGACAUGCGUCUAUCCAUCGCAGUGAUCGAGCCGAUCGAUGGAUCCACAUUUUGAGAGAUUUGCCUCGAUCUAGUUAGCUAGCGAAUUAGAUGAUUGACAGCGCUCGACUCUCUGGAGCGAGACAAUUUGUUUCAUUCUUCUCUAGCCUAGCUAUUUAAAAUCAAAGUGUAGGUUUGCU